AUGGACAAGUACAGCGUAAUACUGCCCACCUUCAAUGAGCGUAAGAAUCUGCCCAUCAUCAUUUACCUCAUUGCGCAGACGAUGAUGCAUUCGAAUUUGGACUGGGAAGUUAUCAUCGUCGACGACAACAGCCCAGACGGCACGCAGGAGGUGUCUAGGCAGCUGCAGGGUGUAUACGGGGCAGACAGGAUUGUUCUCAAGCCAAGGCCGGGUAAAUUAGGGCUUGGCACCGCAUAUAUUCACGGCCUACGUUUCUGUUCUGGCAACUUUAUCAUUAUUAUGGACGCUGACUUCUCCCAUCACCCGAAAUUUAUACCCGCGUUCAUAAAGCUCCAGCAGCAGCACAACCACGAUAUCGUCACAGGUACGCGCUAUUCUACCACACAGUCUGGCGGCGGCGUAUAUGGGUGGGACCUCACACGCAAGCUCAUCAGCAGAGGUGCCAAUUUUCUGGCCCUCACUGUGCUUCAGCCGGGCGUAUCCGAUGUGACUGGGUCGUUCAGACUAUACAAGAAGCACGUCCUCGAGCAUCUCAUCACCACUUGCGAAUCCAAGGGCUACGUAUUCCAGAUGGAAAUGAUUGUCAGAGCCAAAGCGAGCAAGCUUUCUAUAGGCGAGGUGCCUAUCACUUUCGUCGAUCGUCUAUACGGCGAUAGCAAGCUGGGUGGAUCUGAAGUGAUAAACUAUGCCAGUGGGGUUUGGAAGCUGUUUAGCUGUAUUUGA